CUUUUCUUCUAUCUCUUUUUUCCUCCUUUCCUUCCUCUUCUAGUUCAUUACAACUUUAAUUGAAGAAACAUCAUCUCAAUAUAUCAAAUUCAAACUGGUUUCAAUGAAAAACAAAUAUGACGAGCGAACUUUUAGUACGUCAAUCACCCAUUACUAUACCGGAAAUUGCCCAACUUAUAUGUUACUUUGUUGAUGGCAAGGAUAUGUUAAACAUGGCACUUAGUUGUCGGACCAUGUACUAUGCAAUGAUAGUUAGAUUAUGGCAUACUUUACAACCUCGGUCUCAUAUGGUACUUCGAAAACUCAAGAAUACUUUGGAUGGUAAAGGACGACAUUUAAAAACAAAUUUGGAUCCUCAAUAUAAUCGGCUUGUUCGGGUGUUCCGUUGGUCUCUGAAAGAAGAUGUUACUACUCAUAUGUUUGAACGACCUUUUUUCGAUGGAUUUAUAUUUCCACGCUUGGAUCAACUAGUGUUUUCCUAUGCUGCUGCACAAGAUAGUUCUGUCGCUCCGAUGAUCCGAGCAAGUUCCUAUUUACGGUAUGUGGAUCUUUCUCAUUGUUAUUGCUUAUCAACGGAUGCCAUUCAACCUCUUCUUGAUAUGCCAUUACCGCGAUUGGAAACGUUGAUACUUUAUGGUUGUGGGAAAAUUGAAAGUAAAGCUCUAGCCACUCUGAUUCAACGUCAUCAUCGUACGCUUACUUGUCUUCGAUUGACGGAUAUCACUGAUGAUCUUUUGGAUGUGAUUCAACAAUGUCAUCAUUUACAAGAUUUGGGUUUGGAACAUUGUUCUGAUUACUUGACAUACGAUGGUCUUUCUCGAUUCGCUCAUGCUUUGGAAAAACAACAUAUUCAGCUGACUCGGCUACGAUUUCGCGACAUUGCCAACUUGACCUCAGAGCACAUGGAACGGAUUGCUUUCUCAAGUGGACUCUCUUUAGUGCAUCUGGAUAUGAGUGAAUGUGCUCGUAUCACAAGUGAUGGUUUAGCACACAUGGCUCCUCACUGCCCUUCUUUGGAUACCCUGUGCCUGGCCUAUCAGUCGGGCGUUACCGAUACCUCUAUUCAACAAUUCUCUCAAUCUUGUCAUCAACUCAAACACUUGGAUGUCUCUGGAAGUCGAUCUCUCACUGAUCAUGCAUUUGCUGCUCGUGGUCCUCCUAUGGGUCUUACUUCUCUUAAUCUUAGUGGAUUGGAAUCUCAACUCUCAUCUGAUUUAAUAUAUCAACUAUUGAUUCAAUUACCGGCUUUACAGGAACUUUGUUUGGGGGUUGCUUAUGAUUUGAAAGAAGCAAUGGUGAUUUUGGAUCAAGUUAAUGCCAGUGGUCUUCUUUAUGAAAUGAAUGUGGAAAAAUGUCAUACUAUUUGUCGUCUUCGUCCAUGAUCAACUCUUAUUUAUUUAUUUUUAUUAUUCAUCUUUUCAUCAAAUGCAAUCAUCAUCAUCUAUUUAUAUUUUUUAACAUACUAUUUAUAACUUUUUUCCCUUUUUCAUCUCUUUUAUACUAUUUAGUCCUAGUUUUUAUUUUGUAUUAUUCACUUUUGUUUUGAUCAUUUUGAAAAAAAAAGAAAAGAUUAUGUAUGACUCGUUGGAAAUAAAAAUUGCUUUAAACAUUU